UGCCACUGUCUGCGAUUCCUGCUACCGCACUCGUAGUCCACUGAAAACGUCUUCAGUUCCGUGCGUUUCAUUCAACGUCUGUCCGCGUAGGGUACAAGAAGACGUUCUUCGCUUACUUGUCUCUCCUCCAUCCAGUUCACUUGAUUCUAGACGCACUUUUCCACGCCGCGUUCACUGCGAUUUUUUGUUCGCGCGCUCACUGUGAUUUAAAUAAUUUUUUUUUGUGUUUUGUGCUUUGUGUGCAUGACAUUAAAUCAUGAAGGCGAUUUAUUUCUACGGUUGCUUGACGGUGAUGGUAGUGUAUUGUAGCUCUGGGUCUUUGGCAUCGGCUCAUACGCUAGGAGAUGAGUGCAACAGCGACUGGGAAUGUCGCGAAGACAUCUCUGGGUCUAUAUGUCACAAGGGUCGCUGCUCGUGUCAACCGUUCUUCGCUAGAGUUAACCAGACCACAUGUCUUCAAUCCACACUUCUCGGGUACGACUGCGUGGUGGCGGAGCAGUGUUCUCUGAAAGUGGCCAACAGUAGCUGCCUUGAUGGGGCAUGUCGAUGCGUCGACGGGUUCCUGCAAUUCCGGAAACAUACCUGCCUAGGACCUGCUCGUCCAGGAAACGUUUGCUACAGCAACGCUCACUGUCGUCUUUGGACAGCUGACAGCCACUGCGAUUUUUUGAUACCGAAUUUAUUUGGACGCUGCCAAUGUAACACGCCUUUUAAACAACUUGGCGAUUCUUGCGUCAGAUCUGCCUUCCAAACUAAAUCCAACAUCAGUACUACCACUACAACAAGUACUACGACUACUACAACCAGUACUACAACCCCUGGACCUGUUCUCACAACAGAACCCGAUAUUAAUUCCAAUAUCAUCAUAGACAGUAGCACUCCGUUAAUCAAGGAAAAGGAGAAGAUUACCACCACUAGCAGUACUAUUAGUGUCAGUACUUCUACAGAAGAAGCAACUACAAUAUCCAAGAAAGCUCCAACGAUGUCAACCAAAGCCUUUUCUAACAGUUUCAACCUUAGAAAACGUAUUAGAACAACAUCAGCCCCAAAAAUCUACAGAACAACUCAAAGACUGCGCAAUAAAUACAAAGGCUCGCAGAACGGUUCCAAAAACGGCCACCCAAAAAGACGUAUCGCCUCCAGAACUACCACCACAACAACUACAACAGUACUACCAAAAUUAGAACUGACAACUGCUUCCCCCCAAGAUUCCACAACAAAGCUGAUUUUGGCCACAAGAACAACUCAGAUGGAAGCUGCAGCUACAUCCACCACUACCAAAAAGCCUAAAGUCAAGUCUACAGCCAUCAGAAAAAGAGUAGAAGAUGAAAACGAAGCUGUCAGCUUGGGUCUCCCCUGCGUAACUGAUCUUCAAUGCAGAGCAGCUGAUUCCUCAUCGAGAUGUGUUGAGGGUGUUUGUGAUUGUGCCAUCAGAUCGAACGGAACUGUCGGUUGUUCCGCCAAAAAUAGAGGAUGCAUUCCCGGAACAUUCCAGUGUCGAAGCACAGGGACCUGCAUAAGUUGGUUCUUCGUGUGCGACGGCAGGAAAGACUGCAGCGAUGGAUCUGACGAAGAGUGCAAAUUCAACAAGUGUCCGCUGGAAUCCUACAAAUGCUCCAAGUCCGGAAAAUGCGUGUCACGUGCAGGCCGUUGCGACGGACAAAAAGACUGCCCGCAAGGCGAGGACGAGCAAGACUGUCAAGCUACAGGAAAAAGAGGAUGUCCGUCGGACACUUUCCAGUGCGCGGACGGGAAGUGCCUGCCGGAAUACGAAUUUUGCAACGCGAUCAUCGGUUGCAGCGAUGGAAGCGACGAACCGGCUCACAUUUGCAGAGGCAGGGCAAGAAGGCGCCUUUCAGAUUAUUGUCCCUUAAGGUGCGGAAACGGAAGAUGUAGGUCCAGUGCGAUCGCUUGUUCCGGUCGAGACGGAUGCGGGGACAAUACUGACGAAAAUCAUUGUUCAGUUUGUCGGUGUCCAAUCCUACAAGGAAGGAAUUUAAGUUAGUUAAAUUAAUUUUGUUUAUUUAUCAAAUUCUAUAAUGCCAAAAAUUUUGUAAAUUGAUUUUAUUUUAAAACCACACAUAUUUCUCGC